CGCGAUGAUAACCAAAUAUUGUGUGCCAACUUCAAUCAAGACUUUAGCUGUAUUUCUGUAGACACUGCUAAAGGAUAUCGUUUCUAUCAUUGUGAUCCAUUUCAAAAGUUUUAUUUCAAACUGGGUGAGGAUGUGAAAAUCUCUAAAAUGUUGCUUUCUACUUCCCUUGUUGCUCUUGUAGGCUCUGACCAUCAACGUACCUGCAAGAGUUUUGGGCUGAUCAAUACAAAAAGAGAAAACACAAUAUGUGAACUCAAUUUCUACAGUCCUAUCCUGACGGUCAAGACGAACAGAAAACGAUUGGCUGUUGUCCUUAAGGAUCAGCUCUUUGUGUAUGAUAUCAUUAACAUGAAGUUGCUGCAUACAAUGGACAUUAUACCAGAUCCAUUGGGUACCCAUAAAAUAUGA